GUCGGUGCGGCCGCUCCUGGUGUGAGACGGGCUUUUGUUUGUGUCCCAGAGAAAACCCUUCCAAGGAGAAAAAGCAGCCAUGCCUUUCGGAAACACCCACAACAAGCUGAAGAUGAACUACUCCUCCGAGCAGGAGUACCCCGACCUGAGCAAACACAACAACCACAUGGCCAAGGUGCUGACCCCCGACAUGUACGCCAGCUUGCGCGACAAGGAGACCCCCAGCGGCUUCACCCUGGAUGACGUCAUCCAGACUGGCGUGGACAACCCAGGCCAUCCCUUCAUCAUGACGGUGGGCUGUGUGGCGGGAGACGAGGAGACGUACGAGGUCUUCAAAGACCUGAUGGAUCCCAUCAUCGAGGACCGCCAUGGUGGAUACAAACCCACAGACAAACACAAGACUGACCUGAACCCCGACAACCUGCAGGGUGGGGAUGACCUGGAUCCGAACUACGUCAUAAGCUCCAGAGUCCGGACUGGAAGGAGCAUCCGUGGGUUCUGCCUCCCACCACACUGCAGCCGUGGGGAGAGACGCGCCAUCGAGACCCUCGCACUCGAAAGUCUGGAUGUUCUGGAUGGAGAUCUGAAGGGGACGUACUACGCCCUGAAGAAUAUGACAGAGGAGGAGCAGCAGCAGCUAAUCGAUGACCACUUCCUGUUUGACAAACCAGUGUCCCCGCUGCUGCUGGCCUCUGGCAUGGCCCGCGACUGGCCCGACGGCCGCGGAAUCUGGCACAAUGACAACAAAACCUUCCUGGUGUGGGUCAAUGAGGAGGACCACCUGCGUGUCAUCUCCAUGCAGAAAGGAGGAAACAUGAAGGAGGUCUUCAACCGAUUCUGCACAGGUCUCACAAAGAUCGAGGCCCUCUUCAAGGAAAGAGGACAUGAGUUUAUGUGGAACGAACACCUGGGCUACGUCCUGACCUGUCCGUCUAACCUGGGGACAGGGCUACGUGGGGGCGUGCAUGUCAAACUGCCCAAUCUCAGCAAGCAUGAAAAGUUUGGCGAGAUCCUGAAGCGACUGAGGCUGCAGAAGCGUGGAACAGGUGGUGUAGACACAGCAGCUGUUGGUGGAGUCUUUGACAUCUCCAACGCCGACCGGCUGGGUUUCUCCGAGGUGGAGCUGGUCCAGAUGGUGGUGGAUGGGGUCAAGCUGCUGGUGGACAUGGAAAAACGCCUGGAGGCCGGCCAGGACAUCGAUGACAUGAUGCCCGAGCAGAAGUGAACUGUCACUUUUGACCUCUUGACCUUUCUGACUCCUCUCCUUCACUACCCCCCACGCCCCUGUAUCAGAAAACCAGUAAUCUUAACUUCAUCCAGGAAGCUGCAGUCCGCUCAGUGUCGGCGGCAUCAGUUAGACCAGUCUUCCAACAUGUGUUAUGGACUUUUUAUUUCCUGUUGCAGAAAAUGUUGGAUGAAUCUUAACACCUGAAAUAAAAUCUCUUUGGCCCAUGGAUUCCACUUGUGUUUUCAUCAGGGAUUUUUUUUGGUGGGGGGGCAUUAGAAGGACCUCCCACAAAUCAGCUGAUCAUCAGAAAUUUCUGUAUUGUCU